AUGACUGGGCUGCCUCUCCUGCUGCUGCUGCUCUUCUGUCUCCUGCCUCCAGUUACCGCUAAGAAGAUUCAUUCCGUAUGUCCAUUGAAAAAACAUGUAAAAUUUCCAAAUCAGUGGGAAUUUUACAGGCCUGGUGAUCUGAUCAUUGGAGGGAAUUUGCCCCUGGCAACUUUCGUGGAGUCCAAAUCACAAGAUUUUCAAGGGGACCCAUUGCGGCUUAUUAGUGACAUCACACUCCUACCCAAAAACUACCAUCAGUUCCUGGCCUUGAUGUUUGCUGUCAUGGAGGUGAAUAAGGAUCUAGUUCUCCUCCCCAACAUCACCCUUGGCUUCCGCAUCUAUGAAAAUAAGAAGAUGGAGAGGAAGAUUUUCUUAAACAGCCUCUCCCUGCUCUCCACACGGCACCGAAUGGUUCCAGGUUACAAAUGUGACAGGCAGGACCCUCUGCUCUCUGUCAUUGGAGGUCACAACUCCGAAUCCUCAAGGCAGAUGGCCUCCAUCUUCAGCAUCCCCAAAGUCCCACAGCUCGGGGUUGGCUUUGAGUUCACUCAAGGAGACAGAAGCGUUUAUCCUUCCUUCUUCCGGAUCAAUCCUGAUGAAUCUGCUCAGCAUGAGGGUUUAGUCCAGCUGCUCCUGUAUUUCCAGUGGAACUGGGUUGGGCUGGUGGCCAACAAAGAUGACAAUGCGGAACAUUUCGUCUCAUCUCUGAUACCAAAGCUCAAGGAGAAGGAGAUCUGCCUGGCCUUCACUGAAAUAAUGAAAUUUGAUUUUUACACUGAUCAAGAUCCAAAUUUAUAUUAUAUUUUCAACGUUUGGUCUAAAGACCCCUUGAACCCACAAGGAGACAUCUUUCUCCCUCUAUGGUGGGGAAGGAUCUUUGGCUGCAACAUUUACAAACCAGGAGAGAUCCCUUCAAAGGAGGUAAAACCAUGUACUGGAGAGGAGAAUUUACAGAAUGUGCCAACUUACCUGUUUGAAACAAGCAUGACAGGUGAAAGUUACAAUAUCUACAAUGCCAUUUAUGCUGUGGCACAUGCACUACAUGCAAUGCAUGGAUCAGGAGCACGACCAGCUAUGAUGAGACUUGGAAAGAGGAUCUUAGAUGUCCAGUCAUGGCAGCUUCUUCCCUAUUUGAGAAACAUCCAGUUCAACAACAGUGCUGGAGAUGAAGUCUCCUUCUCAGAAAAUGGCCUGGGAUCUGCUCGUUAUGAUCUUUUCAACUGGGUUCUGCUCCCCAACGAAUCUUUUGUCCCUGUGAAAGUUGGAGAGAUAGAUCCCGGGGCUCCUGCAGGACAGGAUUUCACCAUUAACUCUGAUGCAAUUGUCUGGGCAAAAAAGAAGGUGCCCUUUGCCAGGUGUGGCAUGAAGAGGUGCCAGGCAGGAGAGAGGAAAAGAGUUCCAGAGGGCGAACAGGUGUGCUGCUACCAAUGUGACCCUUGUCCAGAAGGGACCAUUUCUAACCAGACAGAUUCUGCAAGCUGUGAUCCCUGCCCAGAAGACCAAUAUCCCAACAAGGACAAGGACCACUGCAUUGCCAAGAAGAUCCACUUCCUUGCCUAUGAAGAUGCCCUGGGAUAUGCUUUAGCUUUGCUCACACUUUCUUUCUCUGCAAUCACAUUGGGAGUCCUGGCAAUUUUCCUUAAACAUCGUGACACACCAAUUGUCAAGGCCAACAACAGAGAUCUCACCUACAUCCUUCUGGUCUCCCUCCUGCUCUGCUUCCUCUGCUCCUUCCUCUUCAUUGGUCGACCAGGGAAGAUCACCUGUCUCUUCCGACAAACUGCCUUUGCCAUUCUCUUUUCCCUUGCAGUUUCCUCCAUUUUGGCAAAAACUGUCAUGGUGGUUCUGGCCUUCAUGGCUACCAAACCAGGAAACCAAACUAGGAAACUCUUAGGAAAACCACUGACCAACUCCAUUGUUGUAGCCUGUCCCCUGGUCCAAGUAGUUCUUUGUGCCACCUGGUUAGUAACCUCUCCCCCAUUUCCCAAUUUGGAUUUCCAUGCCUUGACUGGGGAAGCCAUUUUGGAAUGUAAUGAAGGCUCAGCUUCAAUGUUUUACGCUGUCCUCUCAUACCUGGGUUUCCUGGCCUUUGUGAGUUUCACAGUGGCUUUCCUGGCUAGGAAAUUGCCCGACAGCUUUAAUGAAGCCAAGUUCAUUACUUUUAGCAUGCUGGUCUUUUGCAGUGUUUGGAUCUCCUUCCUCCCCACCUACCUGAGCACCAAAGGGAAGUCCAUGGUGGUUGUGGAGAUCUUCUCCAUCUUGGCCUCUGGGGCUGGUCUCUUGGCUUGCAUCUUUUCCCCUAAAUGCUUCAUUAUCCUAUUCAGACCCCAUCUUAACUUUACCGCUAAGAAGAUUCAAACCGUAUGUCCAUUGCAGAAACAUGUAAAGUUUCAAAAUCAGUGGGAAUUUUACAGGCCUGGUGAUCUGAUCAUUGGAGGGAAUUUGCCCCUGGAAACUUUUGUGGAGUCCAAAUCACCAGAUUUUCAAAGGGACCCAUUGCGGCUUACUCAUAAAUUCGCAUCCCUAGUCAAAGAGUACCAACAGUUCCUGGCCUUGAUGUUUGCUGUCAUGGAGGUGAAUAAGGAUCUAGUUCUCCUCCCCAACAUCACCCUUGGCUUCCGCAUCUAUGAAAAUAAGAAGAUGGAGAGGAAGAUUUUCUUAAACAGCCUCUCCCUGCUCUCCACACGGCGCCGAAUGGUUCCAGAACAGAACACCAGCGAUCUGACAGAACGUUAUAGUCAGCUGCAGAUCGCUUCCACCAAUCAGGAGCAAUGGAUUUCACAUCCAUGUUAUUACGCCUCGGCACUUUAG